CAUACUUGCUUCAAACAUCUGGCUUCCUAUACUUUCAUGAACCUUUUUUCUUUUCUUUGUGUUAAAAUAAACACAGAGCCUUCUUCGUCCAUUUUUUCUCUUUAAUUUUGUCUAUGGUUCUUUUGAAGUUUUUUUCUUUUUAGAAAGAGAGAGAUGGGGAGAAGACCAUGCUGUGAGAAGAUGGGAAUGAAGAAAGGGCCAUGGAGUGCUGAAGAAGAUCGAAUAUUGAUCGAUUAUAUUCGUCUCCACGGCCAUCCCAAUUGGAGAGCUCUUCCUAAACUAGCCGGGCUACUUCGGUGCGGCAAAAGUUGCAGGCUUCGUUGGAUUAAUUAUUUGAGACCAGACAUCAAACGUGGCAAUUUCACUCCUCAAGAAGAAGAAACUAUCAUCAACUUGCAUCAAGUCUUAGGCAACAGAUGGUCCGCUAUAGCUGCAAAAUUGCCGGGAAGAACAGACAACGAAAUAAAAAAUGUUUGGCACACUCAUUUAAAGAAAAGACUCCAGCAAAAUCAAGAUCAGAAUAACAGCAAUACGAUUUGCAACAGUGACGAAAAAAUCUCUGAUCAUAUGGAUGCAAAGAGGCCAACCUCUCCACAACAACAAUCCACGAGUAGCACCAACAUUUCAGCGGUUACAACAUCGGGAAACAAUAACGACACCUCCAAUAGCAAUAAAGAUUCUGCGACGUCAUCAGAAAAUGUUCUUGCAUUAAUAGACGAGAGCUUUUGGUCAGAAGUCGUAUCGAUGGAUUGCAACAUUUCAGUAGAUGACAAUAAAGACCAAAAGAUACAGAAUUGGGAAGGCUCAUUAGAUAGAAAUGAUAAGGGAUACAAUUAUUCGAGAUUAUGUAACCAUGACACGGAGCUUUGGUUUGAUCUUCUCACUAGUAGUCGUAUAGUUGGAGAAAUUUCCGACAUUUCUGAGUUUUAGAAUUGUUCUUUUAAGCUAGUUAAGACUUAAACCUUCGUUUGUGACCCACAUGAAUAAAAGUCGUUUACG